GAUGAUUCAAUGUCAUAACAUAACAUGUUGUGAAUAAUUGUAGAAAUUAUCUAAAAAACGAAAAAACAAUCUUUUCUAAUUCGAUUUAUUUUUCGUAUCUACUACAAAUCGUGUUUUUAGUGGGAAAUCCCCGACACCACGUGACAAGCCUGUCUCGUCCAGAGAUUGUCUCACUGUUGCUAAUUUGGGUGAUACACAUUUCUAAAAUGCCUGACCGAUCAUUAAUUGUUCGAGGCGCUUUCGUUUUUGGAACAACACUGGCGAUAGGAGUGUUAACAGAGAUUAUUUACCAAGGUUUGACUUGGUGGAGAACACGAAGGAAAGUAAAGAACCGUUUUUCUAAAGUUUUAUUUUUCCCUGACAAAGAAGUUGCAUGUAAGGCCCAUUUUCAAACACGAGAAGGUUGUAGUCAUGUUAACUGCAGAUAUUCCCACAAGGACACAUCGCUCAGUGAGCUGUACAAACACCUUGGCAGGGCUGAACGCAGUCUAGAUGUGUGUGUGUUUGUGAUAUGUUGUCAGGAUCUGGCAGACAUACUGAUUCAGCUCCACAAGAAAGGAAAGGUGGUUAGGAUCAUCACAGAUGACGAACAGAUCGAGAUGACUGGUUCACAGAUAUGGAGAUUCAGGAAAGAAGGUAUAAAUGUCCGGACUGAUCAUUCAUCAUUCUUCAUGCACCACAAAUUUGUUAUUGUGGACAAAAAGAUUCUCAUCAAUGGUUCUUUUAACUGGACGAGGAAUGCAAUCACGGGCAACCAGGAGAAUCUGCUCAUCACAAACAACCCAGACUUUGUCGGAGCAUACCAGAAAGAGUUUGAAAAACUGUGGAAAGAAUUUGAUCCAAGAAACUUUAACAAUUCAGACUUGCAUAGAAGGAAACCACAGCAACCAAACUCUUCACCAGCCACUUGGGACUGAUGUUAGGAUUCACUGCUGUGUUAGUUGCCGUCUUUCAGUUUCAUAAUUCUCGUCACAUGAUCGUCCAUCAUAGCAAUUUCAUUUUAAAAAACUUUUUACCGUGUUUUACCUGUUUUAUUCACAAUGAAGCAAUACAUGGAUUCCCAUGACAUGUACAUACUUUUAAUGGAGUACAUCAGUGUGUGACAAUGAAGUGGCAUUGAUUGACAGAAAUAUACCAGCCAUGCUUAAUGUGUCAGAUACUUCUUGCAUAGCAUAAUGAUUCAUGCAUACAUAAUUUUGUGAGGUGUAUGUUGUUUUAUCAUAUCACAUUCCGAUCCAUAUUGUGUUUUUUAUUAUUUUGUUCAAAGGGGGUUUUGAAUCCACUUGCUUGUUCACUCACUUUGUUUAUCAUUAGAAAAUCCUUGAAUAAGAAUGUUAAAAGAUUGUUGAAGUUAAACAUUACUAUUUAGGCCUGAAUGAUAGUUUCAUUUGAUGAUUGAUGUACAGCGAUAUGUAUUGUUUACUGAAGUUAUAAGAAGGUCUAUUUUCACUAUUGCUCAUCUUCAUCCGGUGCACUUCUUAAUGGGUUCACAUGAGGCUAAUAAGAUAUGUUCUAUUUUUCAACACUUGUAAAAUAUACAGUUCAAAAGAACACCUGCUUGUUUCUGUCAUGAUUCUGCCAAUUUCUAAAUUUCAGUUUCUAAUUAGUCAAGGUUGUUUUAAUAUGCCUUGAAAAAAAUUGGUACAAAAAUAUUAGUCAUCUUCAGAACAAUGAAGAGCUAAAAAUAUAUUUGUUAUAUAGAUAUAAUCAUCUUGAAUGUUCAUUCAGUUAAAUGGAAAGAAACCUACAUUUGCAAUAUCAUAUGGUAUCCCACUGAACACAAGUUUUAUUUCAAUACUAUUGAAAAGUCAAUUAAAAUCUGGAAUUUUCAA